CACGUUUCGCGUCCACGCCUGCCUCGCUGCCAGUCUCCGCCCGCAGGCCCCGGAGCGAUUAAAAGCGAGCCGUUCGCCCUCCUGCGGCAGACUCUGCCGUCGAGUGACCGCGAGAAGGUCGACACCGUCGCCGCCGAACCACAAAUGGGCCAUUGGAACCAGUGAGUAGCUCUUCCGCCCCGCCCGCCGCCAUCCGAACCUUCCAACCGCACCAGCGACCAACGAGAGCCUCCCGAGCUCAAGCCAAAGGAACCCCCCCUUGCGGUUUCCGUCCAUCAGUUCAGCGGUUUUUCCAUCUCAGGUCGGACAAAAUGGCAGCAAUUCCAUCCAGCGGCUCCCUCAUUGCCACCCACGACUACUACAGAAGGCGCAUCGGCUCCACCUCCAGCGGCAGCUCCUGCAGCAGCGCCGAGUACACGGGGGAGGUCAUCCCACACCAUCCUGGACUUCCGAGACAAGACUCUGGCCACUGGUGGACCUCCUUUUUCUUCGCAAAGCCCGGAGCCGAAACCCCAAAGAACGGGAGCUACACGGUGGCCAACGGUCAGGUGACCUGCAUCGCCAGGGAGAUGCUUCUGAAGCGGCAGAUGAGCGAAAGCGGCGACGCCGCCGGGAAGUCUGAGGCCUCCGGCCUUCCUCCGCCGGCCACUUCCUCCUCCUCCUAGAUGACACCCCCCCCCCCCCCCCCCCCCGACACAGUCACUGCCAACUUGCUAUCGCGGUCCAGAUGGAGAUGGUGGCGGUGACCAUGA